AUGUCAUAUUCAAAUCAGAAUCCUUAUCACUACCCCUACCACAACAUCAACAACAACAACAACAACAAUAACGAUCUUUAUCAUCGCCAACAUCAUCAAUCGCAGCAUCAUCCUUUUAUGGCAAACACCUCUGUUUUUGCUAUAGCACCAAUAUCAACUUAUUCCGAUCCUCCAUCUGCAUCUGCAUCUGCAUCUACUUCUACAUCUAGCUCAAGUACGGGGAUUGGUCCGAGUCGCAUCCCUCCUUAUACCCACAUUCCCUCUCAACAGCAUGAUGGAAACGCUAUCUUAACGACAACAGCGACGUCAACGCCGAUAAAAAGAGGAAAGACGGGUUGUAUAACUUGUAGGAUACGUAAGAAGCGAUGCGACGAAGCCAAACCCACUUGUGAUAGCUGUGCGAGAUUAGGACUGGAAUGUAUGGGAUACUCGGUUCAGAGACCAUCAUGGUUGAAAGAAAAAGAUAUGGAGAUGAAGUUGAGAGAAGAAAUUAAACAGAAAUCCAACGAGAGACGAAGGAGUAAGAAGACUGUACAGCCCAAAACGAAAACAGGACCGAAACCGACACCGACACCAACAGCAAAGGGAAAAGGAAAGGCUGAAUUUGAACCGGAAUCAGAACAACAGAUAGAAAAAUAUCAGAGUACGAUGGGCGGCGACCUCGAAAUAGUUGCUUCUUCCAGUAAUCCGUUUAAGAGGAAAAGACAUCACCAGGAUAUGGAGGAAGAAGACGAAAAUGAUGACGUUGAAGAAGAAUACGAUGUGAUGGAAUUGGAUGACAACAACAAUAUGUCAUCUUCAUCUAUGGGUGGUCCAUCAAGAUCAGUCUCGGUUCCCACCUCCUCCGUCUCAUACCCACCAGUUGUCGCCCGAUCUCAAAACUUAUCUCCUACUCCUUUGACCGGGGCACCUCUGAUCAGCGGUCUUAACCAUCCUAUAACAGGCUCGUUGGCGAGACAUCCAUGGAACCCAAGUCAUCCUCAGGGUCCUCAUCGAAGUCAAUAUAAGCAUCCAUCUCCUUGUCCAAAUCCUAAUGCGAUCGCAGGACCGUUCACUAAAAGUUAUACCUAUCCACCUCCUGCAGAAUACUAUCAGAAUCAGUAUCAGAAUCAAGGUUCAAGCUCCAAUACCGAUACUCCCUCUUCACUUAUCGAAUUAUCUAAUCCCGAAUCUUCCCUUGAAGAUCUAUGGAUAUACCUUCUGAACUGUCAACCCGACAUAUUAUCCAAUUUAGUCUCGCCCUCGCCGAUCCCACCUAGAUCGCUUAGUAAGAGUCCUUCGCCUGAUUCGGUCGAUAGAUAUUUCCAUCAUUAUCUUAAUGUGGUCUUACCAUUGCAGUUCAGGUUCACCAUGAAAUCGUCUGCGGCGCAUCUGUUAGCUCCACUGGCGAUGAGGGAUGAUACUGUCAUGAAUGGUCUGAAAGCUCUAGCGGCAUUACAUCUGAGUGUAUAUAGGAAUCAAAAUACCAAAAGGAACGCCGAGAACAACUAUCAAGAUCAAAUUCAUGGAGGGGAAGGCGAUGUAUUGUACGGAGCGCUAGUAGAACAAGAAGCGGAGUCCACGAUCCCUCAAAUAGUAGAAGAAGAAGGACAAGGAGAAGAGGAAGAGGAAGGAGAAAACGAUAAAGAAGUAGCCGAGAGAUCUUUCGAUAAAACGAUAAAGAGCUUACGAUCGCCGACAUCCAAUCCGAAUGAGACCGACGGGUUGUUGGUUUCCUCUAUAUCUGCCAUAUCAUACGUGAUCUUCAGAGGUGGAAUAGCAUCUGAAUGGGUUGAAGCGCUUAGAAUAGCCAGGAAAUAUCUAUGGGGAGCUUUGAGAGAUUCACCUGAAUUAGGAAUAUUUAUACCUUCCACUAUUCCCACUAACACUCAUUCACAUCAAAAGCAGAAAGGAUCACCUUGGAAAAGGUAUCGAUAUUUCCUACAAGCUAUAAUACGUACGGAUAUUUUUGGUUCUAUCACUGAAAACAAAGCUUCACCGUUAUUACCGAUCUACAGAUCGUUGUUGAAUCGUUCGUCUAUUGAUUUCUUAUCGGAUGGGAGUAUGAGUGGGAGGCCAAAUGGCUUGAAGGAGAUCGUACUGAAUCUAGAUGAUAUGGAUAAUACCACUUUACUUGCACUGGCUGAGACAGUCGCUUUAUCUGAAUGGCGAACGGAGCAAUACCAAAGAGGUACAUUAGAUCUUGAAGAACUCGUUAGAAGGGGUAAUGAAAUCAAAGUCUUGUUAAAUGGGAGAUCAAGAAGGGAAAAACAAUAUUCCCCAAUCUUCAAUCAUCACCAUGUCCGUCAAUCAUAUUCAAAUGGAAAUGAGAUGGGAGAUAUGGACCCAAAGCUAAAAGGUCAAUUAAUGAGUGAUGCGUUUUACGAAUCGACCAAGAUAUUAUUGUCCAUAACUAUAAAUGGGCCUUUCCCGAAAUUAUCGACUGUUCAAGAACCUAUAAAUGAAAUUAUCAAUUUGAUCAACCAACUCAAGGUAUUAGAGAAUAGACAAACACAAUCUCAAACCACGACCACAGCCACCGGUGGAACCCAAACUGCGAUCAGAAUAGAGAACAAGAAGCGAAUGACAAAUGCGACGACCAUGGGGACGGGGACGAUCACUGGGACAAACGAAUUCAUACGUACAUUGAUCUUCCCAAUCACAAUUUCAGCAUGUCAUUGUUUACCCUCCCUACAACCUUUCUUCAGGGGGUUGUUUUUGAACUUGAACAAAAGUUCAUUGUUAUUUGGGAACACGAGAUUUAUCUGGAUGUUAAUUGAAAAGAUGUGGGAAGAGAGAGACAUCUUGACCAAUACCUAUACCGACGAAGUUAAUGGAAUUGAGAGUCAAAGUGAAUUUGGAAGACCAAUUUUCUGGCUGGAUGUAAUGAAGAGAUUAGGAUGGGAAGGAGGCAUCUUGCUGAUUUGA